AUGCAUUAUCCCGAAGAAUAUGGUUCCAUUGAAAAUUCCUUAGGCCAGGAUGGUGAUUUUUUGGACGUAAUUUGUUUAAAUGAUAAUCCUACUUUCCCCGGUUGUCAUUUACCGAUUAGAAUUAUCGGAGUGUUAAAAAUGAUUGACGACGGUGAAGAGGACAACAAAAUACUAGCCGUGAAUGCGGUUAAUUCUCGCUUCCAAAACAUUAACGACUUAAAAAAUGUUAGCGAUGGUAAAUUGGAAGAAAUCGCUAAUUUUUUUCUUCGUUAUAAAGAAUUAGAAAAAAAAGAAGUAAAAAUUCUCGGGUGGGGUAAUAAAAAAGAGGCGAAAGAAAUUCUCGUUCACGGUCAAUAUUUAUAUCUCAAACACCAGGAGUUAGUAAAGAAAGGUCCCGAACACAAGAAAAAAUUAGUCGAAAUGUUAAAAGCAGAAAAAACUAACUUAUCACCAUCAAUUUAA